CCGGGGGGGAGGCCGAGGGGCCCUCGCUGUGCCCGCAUCCCCCGCCGGCUCCCAGCCCGCUCUCCGCUUUGGCACCAAGGCCGAGGCUGGGGGGCGGGGUGUGGGCGCAGAUGGGACGGAGCCCGGGUGUCGCAAUGCCGGGCUGGAGCAGCGCCGUGCCAGCACCGAGCCGGUUUUCCCGGUGGCACUGCGGGGGGACACCGGGCACUGCCCAGCUCCCGGCUGGGGGCACGGCCCCCUCCUCCAUCCUGCCCAUCCCCCCGCCGGGUAAUUAGCCGCGCUAAUUACCGGCGGGGGACACUCGCAGCCUCUCCCCGAGGCCGGGGGCGGCGGGCGGGACGCGGGGCGGUGCGGGAGGAGUGGCCGGGGGGGGCCGUGGGGCGCCGUGCUGCCGGGCCGCCCCGAGCUCUGCCUUCUUCCUCCUCCUCCUCCUCCUCCUCCUCCUCCUCCUCCUCCCUCUUCCCUCCUCCUCCUGCCGCUCCUCCCGCCGCCCGGCCCGGCCCGGCUCCGCUCGCCAUGGGAGAUGUGGUCUCCACGCACCUGGACGAGGGUCGCCGCCAGCACAUCGCGGAGAGGACGGGGAAGGUGCUGGGCGAGUUCUGCCGGUGCUACCAAGAGCAGUUUGGGGUCGCUCUGUUCAACAGCGUCCGCUAUGAGAUCGAGGGCGCCGGGGGCCCGCAGGCACAGCUGCUGCACCGCAAGGUUCCACUGGAGGACCAUGUCAUCUACUCAGGCAACAUCUUCCAGUACAUUGAGGAGAACAAGAAGUGGAGGAACCGCUUCUGCGUGGUGCCACACAACUACGGGCUGGUCCUCUACGAGAACAAAGUGGCCUAUGAGCGGGAGCAGCCGCCCCGGGUGUUGGUCAACAGUGCUGGCUACAAGAUCCUCACCUCCGUGGAGCAGUACCUGGAGCUGGUCAACAACAGCCUGCCUGGCGUGACACCGAAAUCUGGGCACCCUCCCAUCCUGAAGUGCCCCACGGAUUUCCCGCUGGUCCUGUGGCACCCCUACGCCCGGCACUACUAUUUCUGUGUGAUGACGGCCAAGGAGCAGGAGAAGUGGCGGGCGGUGUUCCAGGACUGCGUGCGGCACUGCAACAACGGGAUCUCCGAGGACUCCAAAGUGGAGGCUCCAGCCUUCACGGACGCCAUCCGCAUGUACCGGCAGUCCAAGGAGCAGUACGGCACCUGGGACAUGCUCUGCGGCAACGAGACCCAGGUGCUGAGCAACCUGGUGAUGGAGGAGCUGCUCCCCGAGCUCAGGAGCACCAUCGGCCCCCGGCUGAAGGGCAAAGCCCCGGAGCGCCAGCGGACCUGGAUCCAGGUGUCGGAUGCUGUCUAUAGGAUGGUCUAUGAGCUGGCCAAGGCGCAGUACGACGCUGCAGUGGCCAGGUGUGAGCAGGAGCGGCCGCAGCUGGAGAGCACCAUCCGCACGGACAUGGACCAGAUCAUCACCUCCAAGGAGCACCUGGCCAGCAAGAUCCGAGCCUUUGUCCUGCCCAAAGCAGAGGUCUGUGUCCGUAACCACGUCCAGCCCUACAUCUCCUCCAUCCUGGAGGCCCUGAUGACCCCCACGAGCCAGGGCUUUGCUGAGGCGCGGGAGGUGUUCUUCAAGGAGGUGACCGACAUGAACAUGAACGUUGUCAACGAGGGCGGCCUGGAGAAGCUGGUGGAGUACAUGGAGAAGCUCUCCCACCUGGCCUUCCACCCCGUGAAGAUGCAGUCGUGCUAUGAGAAGAUGGACCAGCUGAAACUGGAGGGUCUUCAGCAGCGAUUCGAUGUCUCCAGCACAUCCGUCUUCAAGCAGAGGGCCCAGAUCUACAUGAGACAGCAAAUGGACGAUGCCGUGUACACCUUCGAGACACUGCUGCACCAGGAGCUCGGGAAGCUGCAGGGCAAGGACGACCUGUGCAAGUCCAUCCAGCGCAUCCUCGAGAGGGUGCUCAAGAAAUUUGACUAUGACAGCAGCACCGUGAGGAAGAAGUUCUUCAGGGAGGCCCUGCUGCAGAUCACCAUCCCCUUCUUGCUGAAAAAGCUGGCACCCACCUGCAAGGGGGAAUUAGCCAAGUUUCAGGAGCUGAUCUUCGAGGACUUCGCCAGCUUCAUCCUGGUGGAGAACACCUACGAGGAGGUGGUGCUGCAGUCGGUGAUGAAAGACAUCAUGCAAGCUGUGAAGGAGGCGGCCGUGCAGCGGAAGCACAACCUGUACAGGGACAGCAUGGUGAUGCACAACAGCGAUCCCAACCUGCACCUGCUGGGAGAGGGCCUGCCCAUCGACUGGAGCGAGGAGUACAGCGGGCAGCCCGAGGCCGAGCCGGCGGCCGAGCGGCGCCGCAGGGCCAAGCAGGUGGUGUCCGUCAUCCAGGACGACGAGGGGGCCCUGCCCUAUGGGGCCGAGGCGCUGCUGCAGCCCGGCUCCCCCGAGCCACGGGAGCCAGAGGAGGCACACCCCGUGGUGCCCCCGAGCCCCCCGGAUGCGGUGAAGGAGAUCCGGGAGGCGCUGGCACAGGAGAGCCUCGGGGAUGGCACCGGGGCGGAGGAGCGGCUGAUGAACGGCACCGAUGGCAGCGGUGCCAGCGAGGAGGGCGUGCUGCUGGCAGGGGCUGCCCCAGGGGGUGUCACACAGCAAGGUCCAGCCCGUGAUGGGGACGGCGUGCACUGUGCCACUGCGGCAUCACCAGCACCUGGAGCUGAAGUCCCAUCAGGGACUGGGAGAGAACGUGUCACACCAGCAUCGUCACCUGUCCCUGGAGCUGAGGUCCCAUCAGGGACUGGGACACGCCGGGCUGCACCAGCACCACCUGUGCCUGGAGCUGAGGUGUCAUCAGGGGGGCAGUGUGCCACACCAGCAUUGUCACCUGUCCCUGGAGCUGAGGUCCCAUCAGGGACUGGGAAACAACGUCCUGCACCAGCAUCACCUGUGCCCAGAGCUGAUGUCCCAUCAGAGGCUGAGGUGCCCCAUGCCACACCAAGAUCAUCCGUGCCAGCUUCCCCCGUGUCUGGAGGUGAUGUCCCAUCAGGGACUGAGGUGCCACAUGCCACACCAAGAUCAACUGUGCCGGCAUCUCCUGUGUCCAGAGCUGAUGUCCCAUCAGAGGCUGAGGUGCCACACGUCACACCAAGAUCAUCCGUGCCAGCGUCCCCGGUGCCCGGAGCUGACCCGUCAGUAUCCAACGUGCCACACGGCACAGCAGCACCAGCCAGCCCCCGAGCCAAUGUCCCAGCAGAGGCCAAGGUGCCCCAUGGCACAGCAGCACCACCCGGAGCCCAGAGCCCAUCAGCAGUGUGUCACCAGCGCAGUGACAAGGAGACAGGCGAGCACGGGGACAGCCUCCCGCAGCCCAGGGGCACCACAGAGAGCGGUGAGGGGGUGCAGACUGAGUUCUAGCCCCAGCCCCCGCCAUGGACUGGCCCUGGUGACACUGGGGCUGGGGGAGGGGGAUAAGACCCCCGGGAUGGAGAGCAGCACUGUGGGAGAGGGAGGGGAUGGGGACACCGAGACCUUACUGCCUAACAGGGGUCCCGCUGCCAAGGGGGGCUGCCCACAGCCACAGCCCCCGCUGGGUCAGACUGGGGUGGCCCCAGCCUGGCAUGGGGCAUCCUCUGCUCUCUGCUCUGUCCUUCUUCUGCCUUAUUUUCUUUCCUACUGAGGAGAUGCUUUACUGAAGAGCUUUAUCUGCCCCCCCAACCAGUGCCUGGGGCUGCUGGGGGGGCUGGCACUAGCCCUGCUGACGGUGGGUGUGUGGGACACUCCUGGCUGUCCCCAGGGUUGUCCCUGCCCCCGUCUGGGGGGUUCCUGGGAGCCUGCCCUCUGCCAUCCCCACCUGGCCAGCUCCAGGAGUGCCAGUGGGAGCAGGGGCUGCAGGGGAUGAUGGCAAACAGGGACACGACAGGGACAGCAACGCUGGGGGGCCUGAGACACUGCCGAGGGGGAGAGCGCUGGGACAGCCAUGGGCUGCUGGUGCCCAGGCUGGGCUCAGAGCAUCCAGGCUGGGCUCAGAGCAACUAGGCUCCGCUCACAGCAUCCAGGGUGAGCUCAGAGCAUCCAGGUUAGGCUUACAGCAUCUAGGCUGGGCUCACAGCAUCCAGACCAGGCUCCUGCCAACCUGGUACCCAGGCUGGGCUCACAGCACCCAGAGCUCACCCCCAGCCAUCCUCACCCCUAGGAGCUAUUCUAGGAGCUAUUUUAAGUUCAGAGUUCAGUCUCUGGGGGAAGGUGACACGCCGUAUCCCAGCUGUGCCUGGCAGGACUGGGAUAACUCUAGACUGAGCUCACUGUGCAGUGGAGAGAUCCCAGCCCUUGCCCUCCAGAUCGCCUCAGCACCUUCCAUGGAUGGUUUCUCCAGCUUUGUAGAUUUUGGCAUCUGCUGUGAUGGCUGAGCAAAGAGCAAGGGUUUGCUGAAACUCCCCGUGUGUCAUGGGAUCAGAACUGCUGCAGCCCCCUCACAGUGAUGCCAAAAGCUCUGGAGGUGCUGGGGGUCUGCAGCACCCCUGGGUGUGCCACCUGGAGCAGGGACCAGCACCCUGACACCCACCUGUGCCCAGGUGCCACUGUUCCUGCCUCAGAAGGGGGGUGCCCAGCCUAACCCACUCAGGGGGGCCCCCAAAGUGCCUUGGGAGGCCCCCCUCAAAGUGCCUUUCUCUGUGAACUUCAAACCUGUCUCUUCCAGGAUAUUUUAUUAAGAAAGUUAUACAAAUGUUUAAAGAUAUGCUUAUAAUAAUUAAUAAAAUG